AUGAACCUUCCCAUACUUGUUUCCGCUUCAAUCUCUCUCUUCCUCGGCAUUGCUUAUCUCCAUCUUCUCCACCCAAACUCAACACGUAAUCCUCUCUCUCUCUCUUACACACAAGUAGCUGAUUUGAUUUUAACAAAUGGGGUGAUAUAUACAAGUGAGGACACUCUCCCAUUUGCACAUUCCAUGGCUGUAGCUAAUGGAAGGGUUCUUCGUCUUGGAAACUAUUCAUUUGUCCAGGAGUUGGCAGGUUAUGGAACUAGAGAACUGGAUCUUGGGGGAAAGGUUGUGGUUCCUGGGUUUAUUGAUUCACAUGUGCAUUUCAUUCAUGGUGGCCUGCAGAUGAUGCAGGUGAAACUUAGAGGCGUGAAUGAAACGGAAGACUUUAUUAGAAGGAUCAAAGAUGCAGUCCAGAGCACAAAGCAAGGUUCUUGGAUUUUGGGUGGUGGAUGGAACAAUGAUCUAUGGGGAGGAGAUUUGCCCGCUGCCUCAUGGAUUGAUGAUAUUUCACCAAAUAAUCCUGUUUGGCUAUCAAGAAUGGAUGGUCACAUGGGCUUGGCUAAUUCAGUGGCAUUAACGUUGGCUGGGAUAACAAAUUUAACUGAUGAUCCAAGAGGAGGAGCUGUAAUGAGGACUUCAAUUGGAGAACCUACUGGAUUGCUAAUUGAUUCUGCAAUGAGGCUUGUUGUCUCCAAAAUUCCAGAGUAUUCAGCAAAUGACAGGAGGGAAGCAUUGCUUAGAGCAAGCAAUCUUGCUUUGACAAGGGGCGUGACAACAGUUGUUGAUAUGGGAAGAUACUUUCCAGGGGUUCCAGCAGAUCUUUCUUGGGAAGAUUUUUCAGAAGUUUAUCUAUGGGCUAAUUCUAUGUCAAAAAUGAAAGUUAGAGUGUGUUUAUUUUUUCCAAUGGAGACAUGGUCACCCGUAGUGGAUCUAAUUAACAAAACAGGCAAUGCCUUGAGUCAAUGGAUUCAUUUAGGUGGUGUCAAAGCUUUUGCUGAUGGAUCUUUGGGUUCCACUAGUGCAAUGUUUUAUGAGCCAUAUGUUGAUGAGCCUGAUAACUAUGGCUUACAAGUAACAGAACCUGAAGCUCUUCUCAAUAUGACUUUGGAUUCAGAUUUAUCUGGGCUUCAGGUUGCAAUCCAUGCAAUAGGGGACAAGGCCAAUGACUUAAUCUUGGACUUACAGAACUCAGUUGCAUCUACAAAUGGGAUGAGAGAUCGAAGAUUCAGGAUUGAGCAUGCCCAGCACUUGGCUUCUGGAACGCCAGGUCGAUUUGGCAAACAAAUGGUUGUUGCUUCUGUACAGCCAGAUCACUUACUGGAUGAUGCUGACUCUGCUAGCAAAAAGCUUGGCAAGGACAGGGCUGAAAGGGAAUCAUAUUUAUUCAAGUCACUCUUAGAUGCCAAUGCAUUAGUUGCAUUUGGUUCUGAUUGGCCAGUGGCAGACAUCAAUCCCCUGAGUGGGAUUAAGGCAUCAAUGAAAAGAAGACCUCCUACAUGGAAAAAUGCGUGGAUUCCAUCAGAGUGCAUUUCAUUAGAUGAUGCAAUAAAAGCGUAUACCAUUUCUGCUGCUCGUGCAAGCUUCAUGGACAAUGAUAUAGGAUCUCUAUCUAUUGGGAAGCUAGCAGAUUUUGUCAUAUUAUCCACUAAUUCAUGGGAAGACUUUGCUGAAGCAUCUGUGUCUGUUGAGGCAACAUAUGUUUCUGGCGUGAGAGCUUAUCCUUGA